AUGGCUGAACAGCAAGCCCUCGCCACAACAGUGAGAAAUUUGGAGCAUCAAAUGGGACAACUUGCCAGUGCUCAAAACACUAGACCAGCUGGAGCUCUUCCAAGUGAUACUGAGCCCAAUCCUAAAGCUCAAGUCAAUGCGGUUACCUUGAGAAAUGGAAGAGCACUAGAAGAAGUUCCAAAGAAAAAGAAGAAUAUAGAUCACCCUGAAGGAGAAUUAGCUCCCAAGACAGUUGAGGGGAAUGAGAAAGAUGAUAAAGGACCCAAGCCAGUAACUGAGACUAGGCCACCGCCUCCGUUUCCACGAAGACUGCAGAAGCAAAAAGAUGAUGCCAAGUACAAGACAUUCCUAGAUAUUUUGAGCCAAAUGAGCGUGAAUCUGCCUUUGGUGGAAAUUUUGCAGGAAGUGCCUAUGUAUGCAAGGUAUCUCAGAGAUAUUGUGGCAAACAAACAAAGACAUGCAGAGUUUGAAACAGAUCCUGGGAGUUUCACAAUUCCUUUGUCUCUUGGAAAACAAGAAGUUGGUAGAGCCUUGUGUGAUUUAGGGGCCAGUAUAAAUUUGAUGCCAUCCUCUUUGUUCAAGCAACUCGGAUUGGGGGCGCUUAGACCUACUACAAUCACUUUACAGCUAGCAAAUAUGUCACUAGUCAUGCCCGAAGGAAUUAUUGAGGAGGUGUUAGUUCGAGUGGGAAAGUUUAUUCUUCCUGCUGAUUUUAUUGUUCUUGAUUACGAGGCAGAUGAGGAAGUGCCCAUUAUUUUGGGGCGACCAUUCUUAGCUACUGGUGGAGCAAUUAUUGAUGUGAGAGCAGGGAAGUUAAAAAUGAGAGUUGACGAUGUGGAGGUCACUUUUAAUGUGUACAAGGCACUUAAGAUUCCUAAGCACUAUGAGGACUUGUGCAUGAUUACUGUGGUAGAAUCGAAGGGGAUAAAGCAGAGUCCUUAUGUGAAUUAUAGUGAUCCAGAUGGGACAACUGAGUUAAAGGAGGUCGUGUUUCCAGCUGAGCGUGCAAAGAUGAUUGAGAAAAGAACCAGAGAUGAAAGAGGAGACCUUCUGAGAGCGCGCAAAAAGGCUAGAAUUCAUGGGAGAAAGAAGAAGAGAAAGCGCCCAACUUGA